CAAUCCAUUUGAUCUACAUGGAUAAUGGGUUUCUUCACUAUCUAUAUGCAAAGCGAACUACGAAAUGGAUUUGGCUAUUCGGAAUUACAUUUGCUGUGGUAUUGACGGUUCAGUAUUCUGAACUUCCAAUUUUCAGUGGUAUAUCAUUUCUACUUUCCGGUGCCAGGUCACACGACUCGAAUGAUUCAUAUUCAGGUGAUAACAGGUCCAUAAUCAAUAGCGAGGCCCCUCUUUCGUCAAAAGAGGAUAUUGGAACAAAAAGCAAUUCUUCCAUAAAUUCCACUGAGAAAAGUACGAAAAAUGGUUCAUCUUUGAGUAUUCUUUCCAUGGAUGAUAAAAAGAAGCCCAAAAUGGAGACUUUGCCAGUAAUGUCAAUUUCCCAGAUGAAUGAACUGCUUCAGACUGGUCGUUCUUCGCCACAUUUAGUCCCAUCUCAAUCGUCAUCAUUGGUUGAUCAACAACUGCUCGAAGCAAAAUCACAAAUUGAGAAUGCCGGCAUCACGAACAAUGAUACAGAGCUUUACGCCCCUAUUUACAGGAAUGUUUCUAUGUUUAAAAGGAGUUAUGAGAUGAUGGAACAAAUGCUCAAAGUUUACAUAUACAAAGAUGGAGAAAAGCCGAUUUUCCAUGAUUGGAUACUAGAGGGAAUAUAUGCUAGUGAGGGUUGGUUCUUGAAGCUAAUGGAAGCAAACAAACAGUUCGUUACGGAAGACCCAAGUGAAGCUCAUUUGUUUUACAUACCUUUUAGUUCGCGAUUGCUUGAGUUAACGCUUUAUGUUCCUCACUCGCACAGUCGUAAUAAUCUGAUUCAGUUCAUGAAGAACCACACUGAAAUGCUUAUAACUAAAUAUCCAUUCUGGAACAGAACCGAUGGAUCGGAUCAUUUUUUGGCUGGUUGCCAUGAUUGGGCCCCAGCUGAAACGAGGGGACGGUUGCUCAAUACGAUCAGAGCCCUUUGUAAUGCCGAUAUCCGGACAGGUUUUAACAUAGGCAAGGAUGUUUCGCUUCCCACAACGUACGUAAGGUCUGCAAAAAAUCCUCUGAAAGAUGUUGGAGGCGAGCCAUCUUCCAAAAGAACGAUUUUAGCCUUUUUUGCUGGAUAUAUGCACGGUUAUGUCCGGCCAGUUUUGUUAAGCCAUUGGGGAAACGAUACGGACAUGAGGAUCUUCGGCCGAAUGCCUCAUGUUAAAGGUAAUAAAAACUACAUCGACCACAUGAAAACGAGCAAGUACUGUAUCUGCGCUCGAGGUUUUGCAGUGCACAGCCCACGAGUCGUGGAGUCGUUAUUUUACAAUUGUGUCCCCGUGAUUAUUUCUGAUAAUUACGUGCCCCCGUUUUUUGAGGUUUUGAACUGGGAAUCUUUCGCUGUAUUCAUAUUGGAGAAGGAUAUUCCGAAUCUGAAGACGGUACUGCUUUCGAUCCCCGAGGAGACGUAUCUCGAGAUGUACGAGAGAGUGAAAAAGGUACGGGAACACUUUUUCUGGCAUUCCGAGCCUAUCAAGUACGAUUCGUUUCAUAUGGUUCUUCAUUCCGUAUGGUACAAUAGAGUUUUAGGAACAAAUUUAAGUUAAGAGGUAUCUAGAACCCCUAUCAGAUAAGGUCUCGUUAAUGACUCAAUUCGUACCAUAUCGUUUGUUUGAAUGAAUUAGUCGGAAUUAGAGAACUCAAAGCGGGCCAGAGGUAUUUGUAUUGAAAUUAUUGGGCCCGUUUUGUACCGAACCGCAGCAUGGGACGGUUAGAAUUGUUCAGCAACAUGAAGGUACAUGAAUCCGAACCAGCUAUGUUAAAUAUGUGACACAAUAAGUUAUUUGUGACGAACAUCUUGUCUGUAUAAGAUUGUUGAUAUUAUAAGACACCAGACAACCUCUUUUAUACUUGGGCAUUUUUAUUAUAAAUUUGUUUGUA